AUGGUCCAGGUGACAAUUUUCUCGGGGAACCGAAUGCAAUUGGAAUAUUAUUUUGUCGAAGCGGAAAGGUUCAUUCGUUUAAGAGGACUACCACGCGAAAAGUCCCGAAAAGUUCGAUUACUGGAUCACUGCUAUGUAUUUGAGCGUAUCAUCCACGAGAGUGUCUUCAUUUGUGGAGCGAACUCAAGAAAACGUCAUGGCGUACGCGCAGCGAUUGAAACCAGCGGACUGGGAAACCACAGCCUUGACAGUCUGUCAUUUCGACUAUGGGAUUGGAAGAAUUUAGACCAAGAAAUGAUGAGAGUGCGCGGACAAGAGGAUGGCGAGAAUGAUCUGCAUCUCGAAAGACCUGGCUUCCGGUCUGACACCCUCUAUCCAGAGAUUUUUGGUAUCCGUGAACCUUGGGUUCUUCUUUUAUCUCGAGUUGCUAUAUUAGGCAAAGAAAAGGAUGCGGCAGAAGGGGACGAUGCAUCCAACUGUAUUAGCUUGAAAGAAUUCAUUGGCCGCGCGAAGACUCUAGAGGACUACAUCAACAACCUGCCACUACCCAGCCUGGAGAACAUUCAAUCCGAACUCGAUCAUGAAGUCAUAGAAAAUAUGCUUAAUGCCAUGCAGAAUGCACUGGCAGUAUACUUCUACCGUCGAAUCCACGACGUGGAUGCUUCCUUGCUACAGCAAAGGGUCUUGGAAGUCUUGGAUCGUCUACGGCGCUGCGAGCACAGAGACUCCAUUGUGGUAUAUAGCUCAGCGGGAUUCAUUUGGCCUGCAUUUAUUGCGGCCUGUGAAGCCAAGGAUCCAUUGGUUCACGCAUCAUUUUCCAACUGGUUUGUGAAUUCGGCACGUCGCAGUGGCUUGUCUUGCUUCACUGAGACAUUGGCCAAUAUUCAGCAAAUAUGGCAGGAGAAAACUUGUUCUAAUGAGAAGAGUAUAACGUGGUUGGAUCUGAUGAAAAGCACCGUGCCAUUACAGCAGAUAUUUUGA